AUGACGCCGAUUUGUCAAAGAGUCGUGCGUGUGUCAACAAGCUCACCGGGGACGACAACAAUUCCCAGGACUUAUCUCCAAGCGCAAGCGGCAUACACCCAGCCAAAGCACGGAGGAAACCCCUACAAAGCGCCAAAAGGCGUGGUUAAGCCGAAGCCUCCGCAAUACUUCGUCACUGGGCACAUCGCGCGCUGGCUGAUCGAGACGCAGCAGAUCACCGACAAAGAUGAGCGUAACGAAGUUCUGGCCAAGUUGACCAUACGGAAUCGGGAGGGAAAUCGGGGGUCGCGUGUGGGUCAACGAGCGGGCCAUGUGGGCACGGGCGACGAGAGCAACAAGGCGAAGACGGCGGAGGUCGAGUGGAGGACCAAGGACAGCGAGCACAGAAGGUACCAGUUGAGCAGAGCAUUACCGUUCACACGCCAGUGUCCGGUAAAUGCAUGUAGUGAACGGCUAUUGAACCGGUGUAUGAAGUGGCUGGAGGGUCAUCAUCGCAAGCAGCGACGACAAAGCGCUGGUGAGAAGAGCCGUCAGUAUCUGAGCGACGAUGACAUGAGCGACAACAACCUAUGA